UUUCUUUUAAUAUACAGUUUCAAUACCGUUGUAAUCCUUUCUGAUCUUUGGUGCUGUUAUGUUUAAAAAGACCCUCUUCGGGUCGUCACCGACCCAUUGUAGACCUUGACUUUGUAAAUGAACCCCUUAGGUUUAGUUUCUUACAUCAAGGUUUUCUGACUUUGUUAGACACCUAAUUUUACAAAAUAAAACAAAAACCUUGUUUUUCUAAAUUCUAUAAUUCACUAGUAAAAAAAAAAAUAUAGCACUUGUGGGACCCGAUUCUUAAUAAGUAAUAUAUAGGACAAUAAUUACACCCAAAAUUGAAAAAAUAAAUGAGCUGCUGACUAAAAUUAAUAAAACCAACUGCUCUGCUAAUCAUUUGACUUUUUGUGGAAUGUCAUGGAAUCUUUUCAGCUUAGGGGCUGAUUUGGUUUGGGCAUAGUUUAGUAUGGUUCAACAACAGAACUGGGUAUCCAAGUUCCAAAAGUAUCAUUGCAUGACAAGUGAAAAAAAACAAAAACAAAAUGAGAUCAAAACAACGUGUGCAUUGGGAUUUUCGCCGUUUUGUGAGGGCAGAAUGAAUGAGCCGUCUCAUUUGUGUAGUUUUCAAAAGGAUCACUCAAAUUAAUUAUUGAGAGUAUCUUCGCACUUACAUUAUGUAUGAUGAUGAUUGACUAUACAUUGGCUAUGGAGUACAGUAUCAUAGUAUGUGAACUUCCUAAUUGAAUUUGGCAAGUAAAUUGCCAGCCCAAUUGAAUACCAUGAUAUAACCUUUAAUCAUAAAACACUCUCAGUUUUCUUUUUAUAUAUUCAGUAUUAUAUACUUGUAGUACUUUUAUUGGACUAUUGUGACUGCUAUUGUAAAUUAAUGUCAAAGUAUACAUAAGCUAGAGUGUGGCUCCAGAUGAGGGUUGAAAUAUUUUCCCAAUGCAUUUGUCUUGUGGGCCCACAUCGACUCUGGGUGGAACUCGACCAAAAAGAACAAGAGGAGAAUUUUUCUUGAGGAGUUGGGGAAUUCCCUUGUCAAGGCGCACAUUGAGAGAGGGGCGCACAUGCCCAGCGAUCCAGACUCUGCCGUCUUGGUCAGAGAGGAGCAGAGUCCCCCUACUACUCCAUCUGCACCACAAGGAGAAUCUGCAACAGCAUGCUCCUCAAGUAGCCCUCUCUCAGCAGCCGCCAGAUUGGCCAAAAGGAAGAGGUGCCACGUCUGCCCAAAGAGAAAAGACAGAAAGACCAGUCUGUCAUGCUUCAUCUGCAGUAAACCACUCUGCCCAGAACACAGCAACAGAGUCACAUUUUGCAAUCCGUGCAUCAUUCUUGAGGAGUUGGGACAGUCCGUUGUCAAGGCGCACAUUGUAAGAGGGGCGCACAUGCCCAGCGAUCCAGAAUCUGCCGCCUUGGUCAGAGAGGACGAGCAGAGUCCCCCCAGUACUCCAUCCGCACCACAAGGAGAAUCUGCAACGGCAUCUUCCUCAAGCAGCCCUGGCUCAGCAGCCACUAGAAUGUCCACAACCCCAUGCAAGCCACCUGAGUCCAAAAGAAGGAGGUGCCAGGUCUGCCCAAGCAGAAAAGACAGAAAGACGAGUCUGUCAUGCUUCGUAUGCAGUAAACCACUCUGCCCGGAACACAGCAAUAGAGUCACAUAUUGCAAUACAUGCAUCUAGACUCGUGCACGGACGCACGCACAUAUGAAAACAAUGUCCCAUAUGUUCAAUUAGUCACUACAAUGCAAAUAAUCCACUUUGUCCAUUUUUCCAUACAGGAGUCCAUCUUUAGUCUCAUUGUGUAGGUCAAGUCCUCCAUGACAUAUGUCCUUAACAAUUUUCAGCCAGUCCUCUUUGUCAGGGGGGUCUUCUUUGUACCAUUUUUUUUGGGAAUUGUUUUCUUACUGGCAGCGAUCAGGAUUUUAAACGGAUGCCUGUCAGAUUUACACACAAUACUUCCUGCGACAUUUCCAAGAUAGAACACUGUUCAGCCCUCAGGAUAACAAAGAAUGUUCUCAAAAUCAAUUCGUUGAAAAUGAGAACGUAAUAGUAAUGUGAAUGCUUGUUAGUAAUGUAUUAUUGUUGUUAAGUGCGAAAACAUAAGCCAUGCACGUAAGAUGACUCUGACUCUGUUGUUUAUUCUGACAAGAAUUUAUGUUUACUGUUUCCCGUUCCUAUAACAAUAGUACAGCCCAUAAUUAACUGAAGAAGCCGUUAGGAUGAAUUAACUUCUAAAAGUAUCGGAGUCCGAUGUGUUCCUUUAUUAGCCUGGUCCUGACGAUCCCAUAAUACUACCAUUUCAUUUCGUAUUCAUGGUCUGGAGCUUGUGUGAUCUGACGCAAUUCUGAGCCAAUCCUUUGGUGGAAGAACGUAGGAUGGCUCGCGAGGCUAUCCCUUUAUCCCUGUUGGCAGCAAUGUAGGCCUAAUUCUUGCUAUACUUACCUGUGAAUGACUGUUUGUAUUUGUUGUGUUUUUAGAUGUAAGAAAACUUAAUGAGCGAGCGGUUUCUAAUCGCAGCCCUGUAUUAACUGUUAGCAUUACCGUUAAGAGGCUGACGAUAACAUAACAACAACACAUCAAUGAUUUCUGUUCAGAUCACUUGUUUCUCGUGUAAUACGCUAACGUGAAUACAAUGUAGUGGAUAUGUUGGUAUUGCAGUGUAAUGAUGAAUUUCCAUAAUAUCUCGUUAAGAUCGCUUGAUUUCUAGGCACGCUUACGCGAUUGUUUGACGUGAUAUGCAUUAGUUAGUUGUAAUGGUUUCCCGCUAGACUCUAGAGUCUGAUUUUUUUUAUUAUUAUUCUGUUGUUUCAGUGUUACAUGUCAUUUCAUGACAUAAGGGAAAUAAACGCCCUGCUUUGAUUGAAAUAUGACUUUAAGCUGCCUGUCAACUCUGUGUAGCCUACGCUCUAAACACACAGACGAUGACAGAACUAACACUGUGAAUGUUUUGGGUAUGUGGUAGCCAAGUAUUGCAACAAUUGUACAAUGUACAUCAUCCCAAAAUGUAACCAAACCAGGGCGAUGCCAAAACAAACAUGUAUGGUUCACAUUCAUCUCUCCACAUUUUUGCCAACAGAGUUGGGUGGUAGGUUUAUAUUUUCUUCUCAGUUUUGGUGUUAUAAAGAACUGUAUAAUGUUUUUCCAACAAUGUUCUCUCCAUGUAUGUGAUGUAUUUGAGAAUUGAAGUCCAGUGUCUGGACAUUCCAUCUUUCCAUGUCCGCUUUUAUACUGUUAUUUUCUCAUAAUUGUUAGUGUACAGACUAUCAAUAUAUUUUGUUAUUGUGACUUCAUGGUAUUUCAUGGAUCUUGAGUGCCAAUUAAAGUUGAUUGU